AACGCAUUUACUUUACUAGCUGCAUUGUAAUUAGCCCAGCUUCUAAACUGCCAUUGUACUGUUGUGAACAAAUGCUUCCUCAGGAAGUUAUUUUUUUUCUUGGGUUAUAUCAUACAAGAAAAGGAAGUUUCAAGCAAUAUACGGAAGAUGUUGACAUGAUUACCAUCCACUGCUGAACACAAACAUGGAUACAUUACCACUAUGCAUUUUAAUACUUACAGGCUCUGUGACAACAUCUGCUGAGAUAGCUGUACAGGGGAUAGAAGGGGAAUCACUUCUAAUUAAUUGGACAUAUCCCAGGGGUUAUGAGUCAUAUACCAAGUACUUCGUCAGAGGAGAAUAUUCAACAGCCACACUGGAUAAAUUAGUUGAAAUUAAUGAAGGCAAAAGUGAUCACAAUGUCACAAAAGGCAAAUACUCGCUUUAUGACUACAAAUCAGCUGUUCUUCUGACUGCUACAAUAAACACACUGUCAUCGGAUGACAGUGGGAGCUACCAUUUUGGAAUAACAGAACUUGGCCGUGAUACUCAUAUGAAUGUUCAUGUAUCUGUCAUUAAAGCCCAAACAACUGGCAGCCCCCUAAACACAUUAUCAACUUGUACAGACACUGAAAAUGAGUCAUAUACAACAUCACAUACAGAUGUCCUUAGCCCUUCAAUGAACAUGCCCCAAUCCUCACAAACACCAAAUGACAUGAUACCAAGCAAAAUCAGAAAAGCAGAAAUUCCUGUUAUUGUGAUUGCAGCAUCUGCCGUUGCACUGGUAUUUGUUCUUUUGUUAAUUAUUGGAAUAUACUAUGCAAAAAUGAAGAAGAAAAAGGCAGUGAGCAGUCCAGGAGGAAGGACCAAAACUAUCAAGAAUACAUUUAAUGGUGCUGCUCAGGUCUCAGAACAAAACAUUGACAUGGUUCCUUAUUCAGAUAUCAGCUUUGCAGAGGUAAACAAUCCCGUUUAUGCAAAUAGUGAGGAAGCUACCAAUUAUUCCACAGAUAAGUGUCGCAAGAAGGAGCAAAGGCCAUCUACCACUUACGCCACAGUAAAGUGUGAUAAGGAGGAACACAGACCAUCUAUCACUUAUGCAGAGGUAGACUUUGCGGAUUGUGGAAAGAAGUCAAAUGUUUUAGCCAGUACUUCUGAAGACCCUUCAUUAUAUUCUACUUUAAAUUGCUGAUGGAUUCAGAAAAUGCAUUUUUUUCAGCCAACAAAAAUAAAGAAGUUCUGUGACUGAGGGGCAAUGAGAUACAGCUGAACAUAAUACCAAAUAAAAAAAGAAUGACAGGUCCCGAAACCCCUUCAAGUAUUGCUACCAGAGUCCUUUUAUCUUUCACCGUCAUAACAUGAACUGGCCUUAUUAUGUCUAUUGCAAGCAUGUUUUUCUUUAUUACGACUAUAUGAAUUAAAUAUGGUAUUGCAAGGCAUAUUCAGCACAUUAGUGACCAUUAAGCCCAUAUCAUUAAUAUAUACAUGGUAUAUAAUUAAAAUAUACUCACUUUAUUUCAUAUUCUCUUAAGGUUCUGAGAUUCUCAGAAAUUCUGAUAAUUUAGAAGAGGCUUAAACAUGUAUAGAAGAAUUCAGAGGCACAUUAAGCACCACAGAGAACUAGUGUUAUUUUUUUUAAAACUGUUAUCUUUACUCACAACUCACAUAUGGCCAUUUCGCAUUACUCGGGAACACGUAUGCUACUUUGGCCUACAAUAUAUGCAAGGGUGGAACUACAUAUAAAAAUGUAAUGUCAUAAACAUGAGCUGGUAUGUGAUUUGAAGAACACAAUCCCUGGGAUUCAAUAAUGCCUAAGUGAACACCAUUCUAUGCCAACAGGCAGCACAGUCAUAACUCACACCUUCUUCCUCCUAAUUUUAGUUUUCCCACUGAUAUUCUUGCUGCUUUAAAUAUUGACAGGGAUUCAUAAAGGUUACCACAGAGUGUAGACUUUAUGUACACUUAGUGAAAUCUUUCUGAAUGGCUAGAAAGCAUAAAAAAGUGAUAAGAAUGUUCUUGAUUACAUAUCAUGUACAUUUAGUGUACACUUAAUGUGACUUAUUGUAGGCUUUAUUGAAUCUGGCCUAUCUUGCCCCACAACCUGUUACCUAUAGCAUUUCUGUCUGGAAGGUAAGUGCUGCUAUCCAGUCAGAAUGCUCAAGUGACAACAGUGUGAUUGUGGAAAGUGUAAGUCAGUGCACCUGUACCCCAGAGGCUGCUUCACUAUUUGAGUACACUGCACAACCACUGCAUUUCACCCAUGUACAAUGUUCUGUAGUCACAGUAAACCAGUACAUGUAUGUAUAUGCAAGACUGCUUGCACAGAGAUCCAGGGCUUUACACCUAAAGGAGAGUACUUGACUGUUGGCAUGCAUGGAGGGAGAAAAAGCAUACUGAAACAAACUAAUUUCAUUUAAUGCCCAGUCAAAUAGUUGUAUCAUAAAGUAAGGUAUGAACAAAUGCUUAUUAAAUAAUAUACACAAGCUAGGAGCAAAAGCUGACUACAUAAUCACACCUUUAAGAUAUGUGUACAUUUUGGCAUUUGACCUUAAAAGCAAAUGUAACUGUUCUGAUAUAAAGCAAAGCAUUGCUUCACAAAGUCUUGUUAAUUCACUGGGGAGGCUAUCUCUGGAAAUUAAUGGCUGCUUAGUUCUUUCUUUUUGCCUGUUCACCAAUGUAAAUAUACUGUUUAGUUCAGUAUGCAAGGAAGGAAGGAUAUGUGAUCAAAAUACUGCAAUUCAGUCAUGGAAUGAGUCUCAAAAGUUCAAAGCAGUUUCACAAACAUGACAUAUCAUCUGCAAUAAAACAGGCAUCGAUGGACAUUCUAAACCUGAUGCAGAUAAUGCCUAUGUCAUAGCAUUUUUAUUGAUUAUAUAUAUAGCUGAUUAAUACUCAUAACAGUAGAAUUCAUAAUAUAGAUGCAGCCAGAGAGAUAGAUCAGUUACAUAGAUAAGGCCAUAAACACACACACACACACACACACACACACACACACACACACACACACACACACACACACA